AUGGCGAGUGAUGGACAGAAAGUGGUCCUCAUCACUGGUUGCUCUUCUGGCAUCGGCUUACGGAUUGCCGUGAUGCUGGCAAAGGAUGAGAAAAAGCGAUACCAUGUCAUCGCCACCAUGCGGGACUUGAAGCGGAAGGACAAGCUGGUGGAGGCAGCGGGAGACGCCUAUGGGAACACACUGACACUGCAAACACUGGAUGUGUGUAGUGAUGAGUCAGUGAAACACUGCAUCAGCAGUGUGAAGGACCGCCACAUCGAUGUGCUCAUCAAUAAUGCUGGCAUCGGCCUUGUGGGUCCACUGGAGAGCAUCAGCAUAGAUGAGAUGAAGAACGUGUUCGAGACCAACUUCUUUGGCGUGGUGCGCAUGAUCAAGGAGGUGAUGCCAGACAUGAAGAGGAGACGAGGAGGACACAUCAUUAUAGUGAGCAGUGUGAUGGGACUCCAAGGUGUGGUGUUCAACGACGUCUAUGCCGCCUCCAAGUUUGCCAUGGAGGGCUUCUGUGAGAGUCUGGCUGUCCAGCUGCUCAAGUUCAAUGUCACAGUGUCCAUGAUCGAGCCGGGCCCUGUGCACACCGAGUUCGAGGCCAAGAUGGUGGAGGACGUGUCCAGGAAGGAGUUCCCAGGGACAGACCCAGAGACAGUGCAGUACUUCAAGAACGUCUACUUACCGUCCUCUGUCGAUAUCUUCGAGACCCUGGGCCAGACACCGGAUGACAUCGCCAGGUGCACCAAGAAAGUGAUCGAGGCGAGCCGCCCGCGCUUCCGCAACCUGACCAACCCGCUGUACACACCCAUCGUGGCGCUGAAGUACGCGGACGAGACGGGCGGCCUGUCGGUCCGCACCUUUUACCACGUGCUCUUCAACUUGGGCGCCCUCAUGCACGUUGCCAUGAAGGCGCUCAGGUGCGUGACCUGCGGCUGCCUGCGCGGUCGCACCGUCUCGCCCGACUGAGAGCUACACCCGCCUCGCUCCGCCACGCUCGGAUCUGGAUGAGGCAGCGGCUCUCUUUUCACAUUUGUCCUACAGAUAUUACAAAGGCUUCGGCACAGGCUGUAGCGGUUAGAGACAUCACCUUGAGCUCUAAGGCGCAAGGUUCAAAUCCCCGCUCUUACUGUAGCACCCUUGAGGAACGUUCUUAUCCUGACUUGAUACAGGAAGUAUUAGCCAAUUGUGUAAAUGAGUAAAUCGUUGUAAGCAGAUGCUUUUCAGAAAACUGUAG